UUCCUCAUCGAAAGCAGAUCCUGCUUUGUUGUGAGCAUCGGUGCUGUGACUUUCCUGCGAAGUCAGCUGCUAUUUUACGACAUAUUGCGUUUGUCUGCCAUCGCAUUCAGCAGACAACAACUGUUACCAGCCUGUUUUAGGGUCUUUUUGUCGUCUUUUCUCCGGUUGGAAAGUCUAAAGCAACAAAAGUCUGGAUCUUCUGUAUAUAAACAAAACGCAGCGAACUGCUUCUUAAGGUGGAACGUCAAAGACAGAUGCGGAGAGGCUACAGUCGUCGGUUUUCCGUGUUUUAAGUUUGCUAACUUCGUUUAGGUCGCUUUACCGGUGAUGGAAACAGUCAUGCUACUCUGUUAGGGACUGAACUCCUUUUGGGAACCGUGUGAACAUGAGAGAAGAGGACAGUUUGCUGUUGGAAAGCCAGUCUAUGGCAAGCGAAAGAGGGGCUGAACGUCUCUGCUGCAGCCCCCACUUGACAGAGGAGGAAGGACUGGGACACCCGAGCUUCCCCGGUUAUCUGUCCAGGUCACAGUUGGACUAAAUCGGACUUUCCAUGGAGACUGUGGGGAAAUUUGAGUUCAGUCGGAAGGACCUGAUAGGACACGGCGCCUUUGCUGUGGUCUUCAAAGGCAGACAUCGAGAGAAACCUUACCUGGAGGUGGCAGUGAAAUGCAUAAACAAGAAAAACUUGGCCAAAUCUCAGACGCUGCUUGGGAAAGAGAUCAAAAUACUGAAGGAACUGAAACAUGAGAAUAUUGUUGCAUUACUGGACUUUCAGGAAACUGCCAGCUCAGUGUACCUAGUAAUGGAGUAUUGCAAUGGAGGAGAUCUUGCUGACUACUUACACUCCAAAGGCACUCUAAGUGAGGACACUAUUCGGGUUUUCCUGCAGCAAAUAGCAGGGGCCAUGAAAGUCCUGCAGACCAAAGGAAUAAUCCAUCGGGACCUCAAACCCCAGAACAUUCUGCUGUCUUACCCAUCGGGCCGAAAGUCUCACUCCAACAACACCUGCAUCAAGAUCGCGGACUUUGGCUUUGCCAGACACCUUCAGAACAACAUGAUGGCAGCUACGCUCUGCGGCUCUCCUAUGUAUAUGGCACCUGAAGUGAUUAUGUCCCAGAACUAUGAUGCCAAGGCUGACUUGUGGAGUAUAGGAACCAUCGUGUUUCAGUGUCUGACUGGAAAAGCUCCUUUUCAGGCCAGCAGCCCACAGGACCUCCGGCAGUUCUAUGAGAAAAACAAGAACCUUAGUCCCAAUAUCCCCAGAGAGACUUCAAGCCAUCUGAGGAACCUGCUGCUGGGUCUGCUGCAACGCAACCACAAGGAUCGCAUGGACUUUGAUGAGUUUUUCACCCAUCCUUUCCUGGAUGCCAGCUCAUCUAUUAAAAAGUCCAUCCCUGCAGUGACCAUGACCUGUUUGCCCAGUUCUGCAUCAGCCAGCUCUUGUAGCAGCUCCUCCACUUCUCACCUUGCCUCACCACCGCAGUCUCUCGCUGAGACUCAGCAUCUGCGCUCCAAAGUUCCUGCCUCUCCAACCCAGGAUGCUGCAGGUUUUCUCCUGAAGGACUCGUCUGGAGCAGGCGGCAGCAGCAAGAACUCCUCCUCUUGUGAUACAGAUGAUUUUGUAAUGGUGCCUGCUCAUUUUACAGCAGGAGAACUGACUUGUGAGAGUAAAGUACUGCAGGACAGUCUCAUGAACAGCGGUUCUCUUUUGGCUUCAGCUGGUCUGUGUAACCAAGCCAAAACACCGCCUCACUCUCCCUCCUACAGCGGCUCGCCAAGUCCUGUCAGAACCGCAGAGUUCCUGGGGAGUAAUUUCUAUGGUAGCUGUGGAAACCAUGUUCACUCAUUGCCUAUCCCAGUCCCCACUCAGGUCCAGAACUACCAGCGUAUGGAGCUGAACCUUCAGUCUCCCAAACAGGACGGCUCGCCACGGCUCUCUACGCCGGUGCGUCGCUGCAGCAGUGGGAGUCUGGUGGGCCAUGCUAGAGCAGGACCCUCAGCCCCGCGGCAGGCAGUAGCCCCCAGCUCCCGCAGGCUUUCACUGGGAGGAACCAGAACAUUCCAGAUUUCGCCGCAAGCGCCCCAGCAUGCCGAAUCAAGGCAGACGUCUCAGCAGCCUCCGCAGGGGGCAGGGCUUGGCACGCGCCUCCACAGCGCCCCCUGUCUUUUGGAGUGUGCGACUGGCGGCGGAAGGCAUAAAAUCAAAAAACAGCACUCGGACCCUGUGGCUGUCCCCCCAUCAGGGCUGAUGACUGUCCGCCUCCCCCACUCCUCCCCCAGACUCAGUGAGCUGAUGCAGCGGAACCCCCUCCCUACCAUCCUGGGAUCCCCCUCCAGGGCCAUCCCUCCGUUUGAAUUCCCCAAACCACCAAGUUCUCCAAAUCUUAUGACUUUCCUGACGCAGAGGGGUUUGGGUGUGGGUUCGCCUAGCAGCAGGACUGCCCCAGGAGAGCUCCGAGACGUUGGACAACAAGCCCCGGCGCCGUCCACCAGCCCUGCUUACUGCGUCCACAGACUGACUGAUGACAGCAGGAGCUUUGGAAGGUCACAGAGUGCCGGUCGUCUGUCAGACAUGCUGCUGAUGGCUGCCUUUGGAGCAGGAGGACACGCAGGAGACCGAGGCAGUACGGAGAACCUGGCCUCAGAAAAAGCAAUAGACAUAACAGCUCCUCCUUGUAGUGGCUUUGCACCGGGGUCCUGCAGCCCAGCGCAGGUGAUUUUCACUGUUGGCUCUCCCCCAAGUGGCAGCACACCACCUCAGACCUCCAGACAGAGGAAAUGUUCAGGCUCCUUCAGUUCAGGAAGCCCUGCAGGCUCGCUGACCAGCCGCUACCCCCAGACAGGCCCCUAUCCCGAAGGCUUUGAGGCCCCGCCCAGCCCUCGCUACAGCUUCACUGAUCCUAUCACAGCUAACAUGGGUGGCGCUGUGACCUUUGAGGCCCCCGAGCUGCCUGAGGAGACGCUGAUGGAGCAGGAACACACAGACACCGUGCAGCGCCUGCGCUUCACUCUAGAAUUUGCGCUCUGUCUGAUGGAGGUGGCGAGCUCACGUGGUGCUGCCACAGUGGGAGGACAAGGAAGAGAAUCUCACCCCGCUGUCCUCCAGCAGCAGAGCCUGGUAGCAGAUCAGAUAAGCUCAAUGAGCCGAGAGUGGAGUCAUGCAGAGCAGCUGGUGCUCUACCUUAAAACCGCAGAACUAUUGUCUACUGCCUUACAAACAGCCAUGGAGCGCGUCAAACAGGGGAAGCUUUACCCUUCUGCUACUGUCAAACAAGUGGUGAGGCGGCUGAAUAAGCUGUACAAGUCCAGCGUGGCAUCGUGUCGCUCGCUCAGCACUCGUCUGGAACACUUUUUCUCCAGGAAGCAUCGUCUGAUGGACCAAAUCUCCUCUAUCACAGCUGAGCGGCUGCUCUUCAGCCACACAGUGCAGAUGGUUCAGACUGCUGCACUGGACGAGAUGUUCCACCAGGGGGAGGCGUCCAUCCUGCGUUACCACAAAGCUCUCCUGCUAAUGGAGGGUUUGUCUCUGUUCCUCACUGAACAGGAUGACAUCCUGAGCGUUAGCAAAUGCAAAGAAUGCAUUGAACGCCGCCUCACAGCUCUGCAAUCCGGUCUCUGUGUUUGACGCCUGACUCUCCAUUUGCACUCUAACACACAACUUACCAAAUCUCCACCCACAUUUCACGGUGUCACAUAGAAGCGCUUUUGGUUUCGCAAGAAAACCACAAGGUUUACACAGACACUGAAAUGCUGCUCACUGGAAGAUCUUUCGGUUUUCAAGGUUGGAACCAUCUCAUCUAUGGGGGUUGGACCAGCAGUGGACAUAGGGAGGACUUUGCUGCUGAACAUGGAAAUGCCAAGAAGAAGAUUUGCACCCAUUUACUGUCGAUCCAACAGCAGAGAGCAGUGUUUGCCAAGUAGUCACAUUCCUUCAUGUUGCGCUAGUUUAAAAUAAGAAAAGCUUUUUAGGAUUCAAGCAAGAUGCAGCAGCAGAAGCAAUGCAGAUAAACCUGCACAGCUGGUGAUGCAUUCUGAUAAGGACUCCAUGUAGCUAAAUAUUCUCAUAAUGUGCUUUUUUUUGUCUUAUAUCUCUACUUUGCUCCCAUUUUUCUUCAUUUUAUCAGGUCCUUUCAUGCUUAUUGACAGAAAGUCUACAGCUUAAAGCAUAGCUACAUUUGAUUAGCAGUAGUGCAUAUUAG